CACAGUGGUGGAGUGUCAUCACCGGCACAAAUUAUGCUUUUUUCCAGCAGUCUUCCAAAAAGUGUUUUUUGCUAUUUUUUAUAGUGCCGCCUUGAAGUGUUUUAUUGUUAACUAUUCAAUUAACCCAAACCGAAAAGUGCCGUUCAUCUUAUUCCGAAUAUUAAAGAAGUUACAACUGUGAUCUCCGCCUGCAUGCGUGUUUCCAGUGGCUUAAAAAAUGCACCGUCCUUGGAAUGAUUUUUGGGAGGCUGUUGUGGGACAUUUGAUGGGAAAAUAAAAACUGGCACUAGCAUCGCAUUGGAAUUAGGAAAAGCCGCAGCUGUUCCAUUGUGACAGGUGCAGCGGCACACUCACACACACACACAUACCCUCAUUUGCCUGUUCCUUUUCCACCCGUGCAAUAACAACUACAAUGGCUGGAACCGCGACCGCGACGCCAAUGGAAAUCGACGAAUUCAUAAAUGGAGCACUCGUUUCUUGGCUGGAGUCAUGUCUGCCACGUGCCGAGCUCCUAGCGGGAUACACUUCUCUGCUGGACGGGCACAUAAUCCACAGCGUCUGGCUGCAGAUCGAUCCGGAGCCGCAGAAUAAUCCCAGCGAGCUGAAUGAUUUACAUGGGAAAUCCCUGAGCAUCGCUAGGGCCAAGAACUUUGAAUGCAUCGUAAGGAAUCUCAAGUCCCUGUUCGAGGAGGAACUGGGACAGACUAUUCUCGUCCUGCCAGAUGCCUUCACCCUGGGCCAUUAUCCGGAGAGCAGAAACGGCUUGGAUCAGAUGAAGACCCUGCUCACACUGCUACUCGGUGCAGCUGUGCAAUGUCCCAACAAGGAGCUGUUUAUUGCCCGCAUCAAGGAACUGGAUCUGCAGACGCAGCAUGCCAUUGUGGCACUGAUCAAACAGGUUACGGAUAGCCACAGUCUAGUGCUCACGGAGGACUCCUUGGAGCGCCUGACGCCGCAGAGCAUGUACACACAUAUUUUGCGGCUCACCAAGGAGCGGGAUCUCAUGUAUCUCAAGUGGAUCGAUUUGGCCUGCGUGGAGACGGAAAUGGCAGCCAGCGAUAAUCUGGUGGAGUGCGGCCAGGGAGUUGGCGUUCCACGUUCCCCUUCAAAUGGCACGGCCACCUCAACACCCUCAUCCUCUUCCAACUCGGAGAGCAAUCACCUGGCUGUGGAGUGUGCAGAUUUGCGUUCCAAAAACCGAAAACUACGUCAGGAACUCGAGGAAAAGUCCGAAAAUCUCUUGGAACUGCGCGAGGAGCUGGAUGACAAGAAGGCGCACUUCGACAAGCUGCGCCAGGAGAGCCAGGAAUGGUUCACGGAGGCCAAGCGGGCAGCUGCCUAUCGCGAUGAGGUGGACAUCCUUCGGGAGCGGGCCGAACGAGCUGAUCGACUGGAGGUGGAAGUUCAGAAGUAUCGUGAGAAACUUGGCGACUCGGAUUUUUACAAAUCCCGCGUUGAAGAGCUACGCGAGGAUAACCGCGUCCUUCUAGAAUCAAAAGAAAUGUUGGAGGAGCAGCUGCAGCGCUAUCGCAAAAGGUCUGAGCACGCCAUUACCCUGGAGUCCGAGAUUAUCAAAUACAAGCAAAAACUCAAUGAUAUGGCUCUGGAUCGAGACGUAGAUCGCUCCAAACUGGAGGAGCUGCUGGAGGAGAAUGCACAACUGCAACUGGUGGCCAGGAAUCUCAACUCCACGAUGGAUCUGGAUAAGUCCUUCUCCGAAAACGAAGACGAUUGCAACUCGGGCGAUAACAGCCUGUCCGAACAGCUAACGAACAAUGCCCAAACCCGUGCCCUCAAAUUGGAGCUGGAGAACCGACGCUUGACUGCCGCCUUGGAGCAGCUAAAAGAAAGCAGUUUCCACGAAUCCACCAGCAAGAUGUUAGAACUGGAGAAAGAAAAGAAAAAGCUCUCACUUAAAACCGAGCAGAUGCAAGAAAACAUUCAGCGACUGACUCAACAGAAUGUGGAACUCGAAAGCGUCUUUAAAAAUGCUUUGGAGGAAAACAAGAAACUGCAGGAUGCUGUGGACAAUCGCCAGAAGAGCUAUGAUCGUCAGAGUCUGGAGCGCGAAGCUGACCGUCAGAAGCUGUCCGACGCAGAGCAACAUGUGGAAACUUUGAACAAGGAAAAACAACGCAUCCAAACUCUAAACGAAAGCAUUCAGCGAAGAGCCGACGAUCUUGAACGACUGGCGGAGAGCAAGACAAAGGAACUAGAGCAGUACUCGGAAAAAUCCAAGCAAUACGAGCAGACCAAACAGAAGCUCUACGAGAUUGAGGCCAAGGUCUCCACAUUUGAGCGCGAGAAUGCCAGCCUGCUGAAAGAGGUGUCCAAACUGAAGGAGGGCAGCGAGCAAAAGUCUGUGCAGCUGGACGAGAGCAUCAAUCGUCUGGAUGCACAGAGCAAGGAGCUUCAAAAGCUAGGCAAGGCACUCGAAGAAUCAGAGCAAGAGCAUCAGAAGCUCAUUGAGUUAGAGAAGCAAAAUCAAGAGCUAGUUUCGCAACGCAACAUUGAUCAGGAGAUGAUAAGCACACUGCGCAAUGACCUCGUUACUGGUACUUUGGUCACAAAGAAGGUGCGCCACAACUUGGAGAAAUUGGGACUGGCGGACGAGGAGCCUGGUGAACUAAAUGUAGAGCAUGUGGUGGAGAAACUGGUGCGCAAUCCGGAGACCUUUAAAACGGUGCGUGAGAUUAUGCUAACCGUAACACGGGAGCAGCAACAGGAGGAGCAGCAGCAACAGUCGGACAUGUGUGUGCUGUGCCACCGCCAGGAGAUCUUCACGGUGGAGAAGAACAUUGAACUGGCCGCCGCUGCUCCAGUGCCCGCCCCUGCUCCAGCGCAACCCUCUUCCCAGGAACUUCGGUUCGAGCACAAGCUGCGACUCAGUCCGGCACGAGAAUCCGCCGAGCUGACGCGCAUCAAGGAUUCCAAUACUCAACUGCAGACGGAGAAUGCUCGACUCAGUGUGGAUGUGGCUGCCUUGGGUUCGCAAAUCACUUCCCUAAACACCCAGCAUGUAGCCCUUCAGCUAGCCAACUCGCAGCUCGCUGCCGAAAAGGAUACUCUACUCAAAGAUAUCGAUUCUCUGCAGCAGGAGCACAAGCAUGCGCUGCAGGAUCAGGUCACUUUGCAGUGCCUACACGAUCAGCUCUCCGCAGAGUACGAAUCGCUGAACAAGGACAAGGAGCAGCUGAAGGCGGCAGUGCGGGAUUUGCGACAGGAGUUGCGCGACACCCGCGAACAACAGUCGGCAUUGGAGCAACGCAUCGAGGAGUUGACCUCGCAGAACAACAAUAUGAAGACCUGCAGCGAGGAUUUGUCCAUCCUGCGCACCGAGCACUCCAAGCUGACCGACGACUUCCGCAAUCUCUUCGCUACCAGUGAUCGCUUCAAGAACGAGUACAAGAACAUCCAGGAGCAGUACAAGAUGGUGCGCAUGGAACACUCGAGCCUCAAGCUACAAAACACCGAGCUCUCCGGCGAACUGAACACCAAGAGCGACCAAGUGCGUCACCUGCAGGUGGAGUACAGCAAGGUUCAGCAGCGUUGCGAGAUGUUGAUUCAAAACAAUGCUGAACUGGAUUCGGAGCGCAAGGCACUGAUGGACAAUGUGUCGCAGCUGCUCUCGCAGUAUCAGGAACUUUUGGCCAUAUCCCUGGAGGACAAGAAGCACUUCCACGAGGAGGAGAAGAACUACACCGAACGGGUGCACAGCCUGAAGCGGCAGAAGGAGAAGCUGGAGGAGAAAAUCAUGGAGCACUACAAAAAGUCAGAGACCACAGUGCACAAGAAAAAGCCUUUUGCCAGCAUGCUGGUCAGGAGAGUGAAGAAGGCCAGUUCGGAUCUGAUGAACAAAGUGCCCAGUCGGAACCGUCGCUCCUGGGUGGAUGAUGCCCGUACCAAUUCACAGUUUGUGAUCGGCUCCGAGUCCGGCGGCAAUGAGUCGGACAACAGCAACGAGGAGCCACUGUCCAUUGCCUCGGACACGCAUCUCCUCCAGCGGAAUGUCCCGCUCCGCCAGAGUCUGCAGCGGGAUUUGCUGGAUAACUCGAUCCAACGCGGCGGAGUCGUGCGCAGUAGCCUGCAGGCUCAGAAACGUACGGAUUUGAAUAACUCACGUAGAAAUAGCGUGCACGGCAGUCUUGAAGCGCCAGAUGUGACGGGCAGUAGUUUGACGCUUGGCACAGCCGGUUCCCGACGCACCGUUUAUCUAAUCGACGAGCACCAGAAGCUACCUGACGGCUCCACUGCCCCACAGCCGCAGUCCAGCUCCGGCAAUCCAGCAACUCCCACGCCCGCAGAACCCCAGACGCCCCAGAAGAGUGCCUCGGAAAGCAAUGCCCCCGUGGGUCCGGCCACUUUCCUCAUGUACAACCGCAUAAACACUACGAUUGGAGGAGCCUCGACCAGCGGCGACCAGACUCCACUGCUGCAGGCCAGCGGCAGCGUCUCCGGAUCACAAACACCCUUGCAGGAUGACAAGUCAGCGCGGAAACGAACCGAGGACAAGAGCAAUAGCAUCUGGUAUGAGUACGGCUGCGUCUAGACUCUAGACUCUAGAGAUCUAUAGAUCUAGAGAGACAAUCGAACAGUAUACGUCCACACAACUUGAACUCGAACUCGAAUAUAAUGCAUUUGCUACUGACGGAGUAUUAUUUCGUUUUAGAAAUUAACGAAUUUAUUUUUAAACGCAUUAUAGAGAACAUCGAUGUUGCCUUAAGCUAGUUACAGAUGUAAGAUGUAAAGUGCUGCUUGAAACGCUAUGAUUUGCCUUAAGACAUGUUUUACAAUUAGUCUAUGUACGAUGUACUAUAGUUUGUACCUAUUUAUGCAAUUUAAAAAAACUUCAGAAGACUACGCGACGAAAAAGCGAACUCAUAACUAUCCAGUAUACACCCCUAUAUACACGAAACUAUACAGAAAUAUGUUACAAAAAAACUAGCUAUACAAGUAUACCGAUGCCUCAAUGUUACGUCCGAAAGCGAAAGGCUUUCUUUUUCGUUAUGAUGACAAGUUUUAUUUGGUGUUUUGUAAACUCGACUCAAAUCUAUGUAUUCCUAUAUAUAGUAUAUAUGUUGUAUUCCACACUCGUACUCUGCUAGCAGCUAACAAACGCGCCUUCAAUUUGUGAAUAUGUUUUUAUAAAUUACUUGUAGCCUUGUACUAUUUAUUGACGCAAAGCCUAACACCGCAAUAAAACUAAGCAAACAUACGUAAAAAAA